AUGGAAACAGCAGGCCUCAAGAGCUCUACCAGUAGGCCUGAGCAAAGAUUGUCACAGUUAUUGGAGGCUAAUGCACACAUGUUCGAGAAAGGCAUUGGUAAACUAAAACACCUAAAAGCAAAAAUUGAACUUGACAAAGAUGCCAACCCAAGAUUCCACAAGGCACGCCCGGUGCCGCAUGCCCUACGUCCCAAGAUAGACACUGAACUGCAAAGCUUAGAGGCAUCCGGGAUUCUCUCAAAAGUUGACUUGAGUGACUGGGCUACGCCCAUUGUUCCUGUGAUGAAGAAAGGUAAAGGUGAAGUGCAUAUAUGUGGGGACUUCAAAGUGAGCAUCAAUCCGGUGCUGCGCACGGUGCAGUACCCCCUUCCACGAAUAGAGGACAUCUUCUCAUCCUUGGCUGGUGGGGAGAAGUUUUCAAAGAUUGACUUGUCACAAGCCUAUCUCCAGAUGGAAGURGAGGAGUCAAGCAAAAAGUUCCUAACCAUYAACACUCAUAAGGGACUUUACCAAUACAAUCGUCUUGUGUUUGGUGUUGCUUCAGCCCCAGCCAUCUGGCAAAGGGCUAUGGAUCAGGUGCUCCAGGACAUACCUGGAACACAGUGCUACCUGGAUGAUAUUAUCAUAAGAAAAGAUGAUGAUGAUCACUUUCAAAACCUGAGCAAAGUACUCACCAGGCUGAAUGAGUAUGGCCUAUGGGCAAAGAGAGAGAAAUGUGAUUUUUUCAAAAGUGAAAUCUCAUACUGCGGACAUGUCAUUGACGAGCACGGCUUGCACAAGUCACAACAGAAAAUUGAGGCAGGGCUGAAAGCACCUAAACCUGAAAAUGUGUCACAACUCAGAUCGUAUCUGGGUCUCGUCAACUAUUACCACAAGUUUCUGCCAAACCUUGCCUCAGUGCUGUAUCCACUAAAUGCGCUGCCUCAGACAUGA